AUGAUUCACAAGCUCCCACUUGUCUUCGGGGUAACAUGGCUUUACCUUACUGGCGCACUUGCUGAGCGCAACUGCGACAACAGACUCUGUCUCACAUCCUUCCGCUGGUGCGACUCAAGCCCAUGUGAUUUCCCCGACAAUAUCCUGUCGAUACAUAGCGACCUCGGCGACCGCAAUACUGGGUACGGCGUCCUCCUUGGCACUGACGAGUACAACAUCACCUGGAUCCAUGCCGACUCGGAUCAUCCGAUUUCUAUUGAGUGGCGGUUCCUUGUAGGCGAGACUGAGCCUGAUUACGGUGGAAGGCUUCUUUCCUGGGGAGUUAACACAACGGAUAGUCACUAUGUCUUCAAACCUUACGACCUCUUCGCCAAGAUGGCAUCCUCUCCCAAAUUCAACCUCACAGAGACUGAAAUCCGUAGUCUCGCCAGUGGCAUGAUCAACGUCAUUUUCAUCAGACAACCAGAAAAAGGCGACGCUCAGGAUGGCUGGCAGGACAUGAGCUCCCAGUUCUCGGUGCAGAACGGAUGGGCUGCUGCAGCUGCCCGAGCGCAGUAUGACAUUGGAAAGCAGAAGGAAGCGGAUAAGUGGGAACUCGGUGUCGGUAUCGGUGUAGGUCUUGGUGUGCCUUUCUUGAUGGCUUUUACUGGGCUUCUGACCUGGUGGUUUACCAAGAAGAGAUGGGCAUCGACAGAACCUCCCAAAACUACAACCUAA